AAUUCAAAUUUCAAACCCCCCCGCCCCCCAACCUUAUUCCCAUUCCUCGAAAACUCUAUUAUUUAAAUAAACAUUAAAAUUAUUAUCUCACAUCACACCCUAAAUCCAAAAGUUGAAUUGGAUUGAAUUGAAGGGUCUCCUUCUGUAUCUUCAUCUCCAUCUUCUUAUUAUAAAAGUUAUAUAUCACUCGAGUCGAGUCGAGUCAUCGCCGUCUCUCUCUCUCUCUCUCUCUCUCUCUGCUUAACCUUCACUUCACUCCAAUGGCGCACUCUAGCAACCUCCCCUGCGACGGAGACGGCAUUUGCAUGAUCUGCAAGAAGAAGUCGGCGGACGACGAGACCAUCACCUGCAAGACAUGCGUCACACCUUGGCACGCCACUUGUCUCUCCACUCCCCCUCAAACCCUAGCCGAUACUGUCCAGUGGGAGUGCCCCGAUUGCUCCGUCAUCGCCGAUCCUAAUCUCAUCGACAAGCCGGCCGCUGGAUCUGAAUCCUCCAGCGAUCUGAUCGCGGCGAUUCGAGCGAUUGAGUCCGAUCAGUCCUUGACUGUGCAAGAGAAGGCUAAGCGAAGGCAACAGCUCAUGAGCGGAGGCCCCAAUUCGACAGAUGCUGAGGACUCCAGUCCCAAGGACAAGCUCAAUGCUGGGGAUAACGAUGUUCUACAACUUCUCGAUCGGAGUUUGAACUGCUCCUUUUGCAUGCAGCUCCCUGAGAGGCCCGUCACGACACCCUGCGGUCAUAAUUUCUGCUUGAAGUGCUUCCAAAAAUGGGUUGGGCAGGGAAAGCGUACCUGUGCAAAUUGCCGUAAUGUAAUCCCAGCCAAGAUGGCAAGCCAACCUCGAAUCAACUCUGCACUUGUCAUUGCCAUCAGAAUGGCUAAGAUAUCAAAGUGUAACGCUAUGGGGGCUCCAUCAAAGGUCUACCAUUUUGUCCACAACCAAAACCGACCUGACAAGGCUUACACCACUGAGCGGGCAAAGAAAGCAGGAAAGGCUAAUGCUUGUAGUGGAAAGAUUUUUGUCACAGUCCCACCUGAUCAUUUUGGACCAAUUCUAGCAGAGAAUGACCCAGACAGAAAUCAGGGUGUGUUGGUGGGUGAGACUUGGGAGGAUCGAAUGGAAUGCAGACAAUGGGGAGCUCACCUUCCUCAUGUUGCAGGGAUUGCUGGGCAAGCAGAUUAUGGGGCUCAGUCUGUGGCACUCUCUGGAGGCUAUGAAGAUGAUGAGGAUCACGGUGAAUGGUUCCUCUACACAGGAAGUGGUGGAAGAGACCUCAGUGGAAAUAAAAGGACGAGCAAGACACAGUCAUUUGAUCAGAAGUUUGAUAAAAUGAAUGAGGCAUUACGGGUCAGUUGCCGAAAAGGUUAUCCCGUCCGAGUUGUGAGGUCUCAUAAGGAGAAACGUUCCUGCUAUGCACCAGAAACAGGAGUACGAUAUGAUGGGAUUUACAGGAUUGAAAAAUGCUGGCGCAAAGCUGGAAUUCAAGGAUUUAAGGUAUGCCGAUACCUUUUUGUUCGAUGUGACAAUGCACCAGCCCCAUGGACAAGUGAUGAGCAUGGUGACCGCCCGAGGCCUUUGCCAACCAUUAAAGAGUUGAAGAAUGCAACUGAUAUUUCUGAAAGAAAGGGAGUUGCCUCUUGGGAUUAUGAUGAGGAAAAAGGUUGCUGGAUGUGGAAGAAUCCUCCACCAGAAAGUAGAAAACAAGUGAACAAUGAAUAUUUAGAGGAUGGAAAGAGAACACCCAGAGUUAGACGUCAAACAGCAGCCCUGUCCAUACGAGAAAAGCUUCUAAAGGAAUUCAGCUGUCUUAUCUGCCGAAAAGUGAUGACUCUCCCCAUUACUACUCCAUGUGCUCAUAAUUUCUGCAAGGCCUGUUUGGAGAGUGCCUUUGCUGGUCAAACUUUCAUGAAAGAGAGGACACGUGAAGGCGGACGGACAUUACGAGCACAGAAGAAUAUUAGGAAAUGCCCAUCUUGCUCAAUUGACAUCAGUGACUUCCUUCAGAAUCCGCAGGUUAAUAGAGAGUUGAUGGGUGUGAUAGAAUCACUACAGGAGCAGAGUAAAGAGACAGAGGAAAAUGUGUGUGAAGAAGCUGAUGGCACUGAUGAGAAAUCUGAUGUGGUUUCUAGCGAUACAGAGCUUUGCAAUACAAAUGCUGACAUUCCAGAAGACAAAGAAGGCAUAGAUAAUUCUCCAUCCAAAGUCCAACCUGAGCAAACUGACAAGCUAAAGAAAGAAAGUGGUGCUGAACAAAUACUACUGGAAAACCCUCUUGAGAAUGAUGCAGCGAAUGAUGUUGAAAUCUCUGGUGAAAAAGAAUUAAAAGAAACUGCAGUUGAUGCUAAACCUAAGAGAACUUUGAAGCGAAAGAAGGCAAAUGAUGGGAUUUCCUCAUCAAUGCUGGAUAAGGGAGCAAAGACCAGAAGCCAGAAGGCUAAACUAAUGAUGGAUGAUGAUGACUUUGCAUGACUUACAUUUGAUUUGCAAGGAUUUUUGCCCAGUUGUUCAACAUUUUGGAUUUUGUAUUAUGAUGUUUAAAAGUUGAGGUGGCAUUUUUAUUUUUUGUGGAAUGCUUAGAAACACAAGUAAUUUGGUUCAUUUUGGAAGACAAUUUUGUCAGAACCAAUAGAUAAUUGGGCAAUGUUUCAAAACUGCAUUACUUUAUAUAUAUAAUCACAUUAAGGGCAAUUACUUUGUUUUU